AUGCUUCUCCAUGAAGCUAUGCGCUCUCUGCCGAUGCGAGCUGGAGAGAUUCCUCCGGAAGAUGCGCAAGCAAGCACGGUCGAUCUCGCGACACGAAGGCUGCCUGAUUUUGUGUCUGUCACUCGUGGGCCAGGCAUGCGCAGUAAUCUCUUCACCGGUCUUGACACCGCCAAGGGACUCGCUGUAGCAUGGCAGAAACCUCUCGUCGGAGUUCACCACAUGCAGGCUCAUGCGCUUACGCCACGUAUGGUCAACGCCCUCGAAGCCCACACCGAGCCUGAACACAGCGCCAUCUACGAUUCGACGUCGAUACAAACCGCGCCAAAGUUUCCGUUUCUAUCCGUCCUCGCCUCAGGUGGUCAUACACUGCUCAUACACUCGGCGUCUUUGACGGACCACCGCGUGCUGGGUUCUACAAAUGACAUUGCUGUGGGAGAGUGCUUGGACAAGAUCGCUCGUGUAGUGCUGCCUACAGAGUUACUAGAAACAUCAAAGAGCACCAUGUAUGGAGCGCUCCUCGAGGCAUUUUCGUUGCCCGAUCGCUCCCACAAGUCAAUAUCUGGCGACGCAUUAACCCAUGUAACGAAGCCACCAACUUAUUCAGCCAAGACAUACUUGGAUGCUCAUGGACACCUAUACGAUUGGUACGAAGUUCCGUUGAAUCAUGAAGACGCCAUGCAGAAGAGCGCGACAAAAUGGAGCUGGGCACUCAAUCGGCCCCUGACUAAAUCAGGUGGAGGUGUCAAGAUCAACAGUCUUGAGCUGAGCUUUUCAGGUAUUACGACAAUGGUUGAGCGCAUCGUUCGAUUUGGUAUGGAUCCGGUCACAAGAAAAUUCAACAAAGUCGAGCGAACGGCGGCAGACGUUAGCCUUGAAGAGCGCAUGGACCUUGCACGCGAGACCAUGCGCGCAGCUUUUGAGCAUGUCGCUUCGCGAGUAGUUCUAGGCUUGCAGACUCAAGAAGAUACUCUAGCCGUGCCUGCGGUUGUCAUGGCUGGUGGCGUGGCUGCCAACGCGUUUCUCCGGCACAUACUUGCGAAGACGCUUUGCGCCCAUGGUUAUCCGGAUGUUGAGUUGCAUUUUCCACCGCCCAAGUUCUGCACCGACAAUGCUGCAAUGAUAGGUUGGGCUGGUCUUGAGAUGUAUGAAGCGGGUCACGUCUCCCCACUCAGCAUAAGAGCGAUACGCAAGUGGCCUCUGGACCAGCUGUUGGAUCCCCCGGCGGACGGCAUUCGCGCAGCACCUGCUGGCUUACAACAUCGCCAGAUUGGCGUUCUUCCACCCAAACAGAGUGUCUCUUGGGACACUGGCAACUCAGAACCCACCGAAGAGCCACAAGAGCCCGUUGUCCCAUCCAAGCCAACUGAUGAGAUUAGCCUUGGAACACCAUCGGGCUGGAUCAGCUGGGAAACCACCGGCCCAGCUCCCACAGAUGCUCCAGAAGAACCUGAGUACCCGCCUCCAGCCAAGCCUACUGAUCAAUUCAGUAUUGGUACACCGUCCGGCUGGAUCAGCUGGGAGACGAGCGGGCCUGCACCCACACCUGCUCCCCAAGAACCCGACUACCCUCCUCCUUCUAAGCCGACGGAUCAGUUUAGCAUCGGUAAACCAUCCUUCUGGGUGAGCUGGGCCACUGAUGGGCCUGAGCCAACUCCUGAACCGGAAGAGCCUGAGGAGCCUGGGUACCCCCCACCUAAGCCUAGCGAUCAAUUUAGCAUCGGGAAACCAUCUUACAGUAUUACCUGGGACGGAGAUGGUCCGGGCGCAUCCUCAACGCCUACGCCAGAACCGACACCUACACCGGAACCAACGCCAACGCCAAAGCCAACUUCGAAGUACUCCUCCAUCGUAUCUCUUCCCCCUAUCUGGUCGAACUCCAGUAUGACUAGCUCCGCUUCCGUCACUAGUUACAAACCUCCAGCGUCUUCUUCUACCAAAUCUGCUUCAUCCAGUAAGAUUUCAUCUACCAAGAAACCCGGCUACCCUCCAUGGAACCCAUGGCCACCGAAGCCAACGACGAUGAAGUCCACUGCAAAGUCCACUAUGACGUCUACGAAGAAGCCAACUUCGACACCAAAGCCGUCGACAACUGCUAAGCCAACACCUUCCCCAGCUCCAGUCCCCUCAACCACCAAGAGCGCUAUCAUCAGCCUCUCUCCGCCGAAGUUCAGCGUGAGCUGGGAUUUGAAUAAGAGAAACGCAAAGCCAACUUCUACGACUACUAAGAAAUCUAAGACAAGUAAGAUUACGAUGACAAAGACUACCACGAAGAAGAGCACUUCAAAGAGCACGUCGAAGUCUACCUCCAAAUCAUCAUCCAAGUCUUCUUCAACAGCUACAACAACGCCUAAGCCUACAUAUACACCCAAGCCUACGCCUACACCAACACCAACACCAUCUGUCACUCCAAAGCCCACUCCAACACCGACGCCCAGCCCUCCUCCCUCUUCCGCAACCCCUCUUCCGACCUCUACUUCCACCUCCACACGUUCAGCAGACAUCACCGUAGGGCCACCCAACUACAGCGUAACCUGGGACUACGACGAGCCCGAACCAACAGCCCCUCCCUCCGAAGAAGAGCCCUACCCCUCCGACCCAGAAGAACCCAUCCCGGAGGAACCAUUUCCCGAGGAGCCCUUCCCAGAAGACCCAGACUACCCAGAAGACGACUUUCCACUUCCCUCCCAACCAACCCAAGCAAACAGCAUUGGUCUGAACCCGCCCACCGUAACCGUAAUCUGGGGCAAAAAGCGCCAAGAAGACGAUGCUGCACCUACAUCUUCACCUGACCUCCCCGCAGACAACGAAGAUGACGACGGCCCCGUAGAAAUCCCCGCCGACCCCGCGCCCACGCAACCCAACAGCGUGGGCCUCAACCCCCCAACCUACACCGUCAUCUGGGGCAAAGAGAAGAAGCGCGCGCCUGAGCCUACUGCCGCCCCUGCCCUCGCUGUAGCAGAGCGAGAAGCCGUGCCAGCGCCGCAGAACAGUAUUGGGCUCGAGUUCCCUUGGCAGAGUAUCUCGUGGCCGAAGCCUGAGCCGCCGACGUAUAUCUCGUGGGGGAAGAGGGAGCCUGUUGCGCAGCCUACGGCUGUGCCGAGGGGGAUGGAGACGGUUUAUGUUAGGGGGAGGGGCUGA